AAACACUCCUAUCGAUGAUGUGGAAAGUCCAGCGCAGUUAUUGAUGAAUAGGCGUUUGCGUUCAACAAUUCCUCAAACGAUAGCGGAAUUGAAGCCUCGAGUUUCAGAUCCUGAUGAAGUAAAGACUAGAUUGAAUCUCAAGCAGCAUAAACAGAAAUUCUAUUAUGAUCGUCAGUCAAAAUCCCUAAAAAGGUUACACGAAGGAGAUAGAAUUAGAGGAAGAAUGAAAGGUUCUUGGAAACCAGGUGUUGUCACUCGAGAUCGUAUCGUGUUCAGACUGAUGAUGGUGGUGAAUAUAGGAGAAAUAGAAGAAUGCUUCUGA